AACAGGAAGUCUUGCGGACGUUCCAAAGAACCCUCCCCCUGCAGAUCCAGGACAUAACCUGGAAUGGACGCGAUCCCUUGGAUUAAAAUCAUUUUUUUCAUUGCGCAACGCCCCACACCGGUAUGAAAGAUACUGGAAGUUUUUCCCCCUACCUGUCUUGGGUGGUGUCAGCACUGGAGAACAGCAAUUGUUGGGAAAUACCGAUGAUCGAGUGUACUGCGUGCUUUGCUGGAUGCAUCGAUGUUUGGUCGCUCGCCGCAUGGAAGGUGGUAUCAGGGAAGAUGCUCCUAUCGUCUCGAGAAUCUAUCAGGUUAUAUCAGAUGGAAUGCUUGGCUUUGAAAACGCGUACAAGUUGGCAAAUACACCAUUCCCAUUCCCUUACGCGCAGUGCGUGAUCAUUCUCAUCUACUUCCAUGCGAUAAUAGUGACACCUCUGGUCAUGGUAGCUUGGCUUCAGACCCCCUGCCUUGUUGGGGUGAUGUCGCUCCUUUCUGUUCUCGCAUACUAUAUGUUGAAUGAGGUUGCGCGUGAGAUAGAGGAACCGUAUCGGUACGAUCCAAACAAUUUACCUCUGUCGUUGUUUCACCACCGAUUCAACGCACGCUUGGUAACAGCUCUUUGCAAGAGCUUGAUUCCGGAUAGCGGUAUCAUGCACCACCUUGAUCCUGUGGCCACAAAGAUGCUGGUUGAAGCAAGUAGGCCGCAGAUCGUAGAGUGGUGGCAUCUGGAAGGGAACAGGGACGAGGAAGACCCUCUCUGCCAUGACAGCUGGACGGUGAAGACACGAAUGGCGACCUCAACGACUCCGGAAACUAACUCUGCAUGGGGACUCAGGCUCCCGCGAGAGAAAGAGGAAGAGGGCUGCAGUGAGGACGUGGAAGAAGACCAGGAGGAUGCACAGGAUAAUCCAGUGAGGGAUGCCAGGGAAUCACUGCAAGAAGGGAGGUUUACGUCCAUGCCCAUGGGAACAGGCGAUGUUAUUCUGGAAGUCUCUCCAGAAGAUGUAUGCAAGAGGAACUAGAACAUGUGGUCGCAAAUGUACUAUCCUGGCUUUCUUUUUCCGGAAAGAGCUACAAAAUUGACGGGUGUAUGGAGGACGGGUGCAGGAAUGAGAUGAGGAAGGGGGAGAGAAGGUAGGGUUUUUGUCAAGAGAGUUGAGGCAGGGGUUGCUCAUAUGUUGUUGAUUAGCAAUUUAAUUUAGGCACCUCCAUUCUGCGGGGAGUGGGGAGAGAUGACACGUGGAAGGGGGGCAUGAUUUCUGAAGCCAUCAUUCCAAUAUUCAAGACACAUCUACUUGCAUUUGCUUGAACGUACUUGCACGUAUCUGCAUGAAUAACUUGCAUUUACUUGCACGCACUUGCAUGUUGAUUUACUUGCACAUUCAGAUUCAUUCGAUCAGAGCCCCUUAUAAAAAUCUUGCUUAUGAUAGAGUAGAGUCACAUAGAAAGAUGUAAGAGAGAGACAGGAGAGUGGGAAAGGCUUUGUAGGCUUGCAAGAGGGGAACUAUUUAUGUUAUGUGGAUGGUUCUCUUGGUGGAUUAGCUUAACUGAGGAAAUUUGGGCAGAUGUGUGUGGCGAUGACGAUUUUGACCAUUUGACAACUUCUGACUGAGAGGAUCGGACUCUGAAAUUCUGACACGAUCACUCAUGAUAUCACUGCAGUGGCGUGCAGGACAAGAUGUUGAGAAAUCAAGGAAGAGUCAGUGCAGUUGUGGAACUGCACAGUUAAAUUUUCUUUUUCGAGUGAUAAACGGUUUCUUUAAGA